AUGGCCACUAAAUUGCAACAUCAAUUAUUAUCAGCAAGAAAUUCUUUAAAACAAAAAGAAAAGGAGUUAAAUCUUGAACAAUUGAAAAAUAAUGAACAGUUUUGGAUUAAAAAUUAUAGACCUGCCAAUCUCAAUUAUAUAAAAGUAGCUGACAUUUGUAAAAAUUUAGAAAUUAUGAAAGGAGAUUACAAAAUAUAUCUGGUAAUUAUAUGUUAA